AUGUCUAUCGAUUUUCCCGCCGAGGAGGAGCUCAUCCUCAACCGGUGGAGGGAGAUUGAUGCCUUCCAGCGCCAGGUCGAGCUCUCUCGGGGCAAGAAGCCGUAUACUUUCUACGACGGGCCACCCUUCGCUACCGGUCUCCCUCACUAUGGCCAUCUGCUCACAUCUACGAUCAAGGAUAUUAUUCCCAGAUACUGGUCGAUGAAGGGUCAUUAUGUUGAGCGGCGAUUUGGCUGGGAUACGCACGGUGUCCCCAUCGAAUACGAGAUCGAUAAGAAGCUCGGCAUGUCCGGUCUGGAGGCCGUCGAGACGAUCGGAAUUGAGAAGUACAACGAGGAGUGUCGGGCUAUUGUCAUGCGAUUCGCCGGUGAAUGGCGCCAGACUAUUGAGCGGCUGGGUCGCUGGAUCGAUUUCGACAAUGACUACAAGACAAUGAAUACUAGCUUUAUGGAGUCCGUCUGGUGGGUUUUCAAGCAACUGUUUGACAAGGGUCUAGUCUACCGGGGCCACCGUGUCAUGCCGUACUCGACCGCACUCAAUACCCCUCUCAGCAACUUCGAGGCCCAGCAAAAUUACAAGGAUGUCCAAGAUCCCGCCGUCGUCGUCACUUUCCCCCUGUUGGAUGACCCCGAGACCUGCUUGCUUGCGUGGACCACCACCCCAUGGACCCUUCCCUCCCACACUGGGCUUUGCGCCCACCCUGACUUCGAGUACGUCAAGAUCUAUGACGAAGCCACUAAAAAGAACUACAUUCUUCUGGAGUCUUUGCUCCGAACCAUCUAUAAGGACCCGAAGAAGGCUAAGUUUAAGAUCGUCGAUCGCAUCAAGGGUUCCGACAUGCUUGGAUGGAAGUAUGAGCCCCUCUUUGACUACUUCUACGAGGAGUUCAAGAACGACGGCUUCCGCGUACUAAAUGAUACGUACGUCACGGCCGAGGAUGGUGUGGGUAUUGUCCACCAGGCUCCUGCUUUCGGUGAAGAAGAUUACCAGGUCGCGGUCAACCACGGCGUUAUCAACGAGACCCGUCCCCCUCCUAACCCGGUCGACCCCCAGGGUUGCUUCACUGAAGAAGUCCGUGACUUUGCUGGACAGAAUGUGAAGGUUGCCGAUAAGGCGAUUAUCAAACACCUGAAGGGUACUGGCCGUCUCCUUGUCGACAGUCAGAUCACUCAUAGCUACCCCUUCUGCUGGCGAUCGGAUACUCCUCUGAUCUACCGCGCUGUGCCUUCGUGGUUUGUGAAGAUCACUCCUAUCAUCCCUCAGAUGCUUGAAGGCAUUGAGGAGUCCCACUGGGUUCCAUCUUUUGUGAAGGACCGAAGAUUCGCUAGCUGGAUCAAGAACGCUCGUGAUUGGAAUAUCUCUCGGAAUCGUUUUUGGGGAACUCCCCUUCCUUUGUGGGUCAGCGAUGACUUCAAGGAGGUUGUUGCCAUUGGAAGCGUCGAGGAACUCAAGGAAUUGAGUAGCUAUACCGGCGAACUCACCGAUCUCCACCGCGACAAGGUGGACCACAUUACCAUCCCGAGUAAACAGGGCAAGGGCGUUCUUCGUCGCGUGAGUGAGGUGUUCGAUUGCUGGUUUGAAUCUGGCAGCAUGCCUUAUGCAUCCCAGCACUACCCCUUCGAGAACAAAGAGCAGUUUGAGAAGAGUUUCCCCGGUGACUUCAUUGCCGAGGGACUGGAUCAGACCCGUGGGUGGUUCUACACCCUGACUGUUCUCGGUACUCACCUGUUUGGCAAGCUGCCUUUCAAGAAUUGCAUGGUGAACGGUAUUGUCCUUGCUGAGGAUGGCAAGAAGAUGUCGAAGCGUCUGAAGAACUACCCGGACCCUAACUUGAUUAUGGACCGUUACGGAUCGGAUGCCCUGCGUCUUUAUCUGAUCAACUCUCCCGUCGUCCGUGCUGAGACCCUUCGCUUUAAGGAAUCUGGUGUCAAGGAGAUCGUCAGCAAGGUUCUCCUUCCUAUGUGGAACAGCUACAAGUUCUUUGAGGGUCAAGUGGCUCUUCUGAAGAAGACCUCCGAUGUUGACUUCAUAUUCGAUCCCAAGGCCGAGACCACCAACACUAAUGUCAUGGACCGUUGGAUCCUGGCCAGUUGCCAGAGUCUUCUCAUCUUUGUUAACCAGGAGAUGGCUGCUUAUCGCCUGUACACUGUCGUGCCCCGUCUGCUGGAGCUGAUCGAGAACACUACGAACUGGUACAUCCGAUUCAACCGAAAGCGUCUGAAGGGUGAGAACGGUGUUGAUGACACCCUGCAUGCCCUGAACACUCUCUUCGAGGUUCUCUAUACCCUGGUCCGGGGUCUGGCUCCCUUCACUCCCUUCAUCACCGAUAACAUCUACCAGCGUCUUCUCCCGCAUAUUCCCGAGUCGCUUCGUGCUGAGGAUAGCCGCAGCGUUCACUUCCUUGCUUUCCCUGAGCCUCGCCAAGAACUCUUCGAUGAGGUUGUGGAGCGCAGAGUUGCCCGCAUGCAAAAGGUUAUUGAGCUGGGCCGUGUCUCUCGUGAGCGCAAGUCUAUUGGUCUGAAGACACCACUGAAGACACUCGUUGUCAUCCACCAGGACCAGCAGUAUCUCGACGACGUUAAGUCGCUUGAGGGCUACAUUCUGGAGGAGCUCAACGUGCUUGAUCUAGUUCUAUCGUCUGACGAGGACAAGUACAACGUCCAAUACAGUGUCAAUGCUGACUGGCCAACUCUGGGCAAGAAGCUGAAGAAGGAUGUGCAGAAGGUUAAGAAGGCCCUGCCUUCCCUGUCAAGCGAUGAUGUGAAGAAGUAUGUCGCCGAGAAAAAGAUCAUUGUUGACGGCAUUGAGCUGGUCGAGGGUGAUCUGGUGGUGAAGCGCGGUAUCAAGGAAGAUGUGGGCGCAUCGGGCAUGGAGACUAACACCGAUGCUGAUGUCAUGACCAUUCUGGAUGCCAACCUGUACUCCGAGCUGGCUCACCAGGGUAUCGGGCGUGAGAUCAUCAACCGUCUCCAACGUCUCCGUAAGAAGGCCGGCCUUGUCCCCACAGACGAUGUUAAGAUGGAGUACAUUGUCCUUUCGGACCCUGAGAACAUCGGCCUUGGCGAGGCUUUCAAGUCUCAGUCCCAGGCUAUCGAGAAGGCUGUCCGUCGUCCGCUCGAUGAGCGCACCUUGGUUGAUGGCAAGUCGCCUAGCGCUGACGAGGAGGGCACCAUCGCGCAAGAGGACCAGGAGGUGCAAAACGCAACUUUCCUGUUGCGCCUCGUGAAGCUGUAA